GAAUUCAGCCAAAUUUCAACUCCACUUUCUCAAAUCCAUCCUUUGUCGAUCUCUCUCCUCUCGCUCGUUCUUCGAUCUGAUGGCCACACGGCGCGCCGUCCACCGCGCGGCCGCCGCCGCCUCCGUCGAUUCCCUCCGCCGCUUCUGCUCCUCCACGGCCCCCGCCGCCGCCGCCGCCACUCGCCACCGGCAACCGCCGCAGGACCACGAGUUCCUGUCCCCGAGCCCGUACGUCGGGAGCUGGGAGACGCCGAAGGAUCCGAAGGAGGCCGAGGCGAAACUGGUGGGGCUGAGGAGGGAGUACGCGAAGCAGGUGAAGGAGCUGAGGAAGGAGUACAUCAGGGAGGUGGAGCUGAUGAGGCUGGAGCAGCAGCGGAAGGACGAGGCCAAGAGGGAGGCGAUUAGGGUUGCGAGGGAGGAGCGGAACAAGGUGAAGGCCGCCGAGGCGAAGGUCAGGGCCGAGGAGAGGAUGGUCGCCGAGGAAGAGUUUCGGCAGAUGCUCAUGAAAGAAAGGACCGAGAAACUCGAGAACUGGAGGAUGAAAGAGAAAUCGAGGGAAGAUAAGAAAAAAGAGGCCCGUGAGCUGUUGCGCCGGAAAAGCUCUGUGUGGGUUGAUGAAGCUGAAUUAGAGAAGAAAGUACUGGAAGCUAUAGUUGAUACAACCACCCUCUGAAUCAAAUCCCUCUGCAUAGGUCUGCUACUACUUCAUGGUAGACAUACUGUGAUGUUGAAUCAAAAUAACCUGCUCAUUCAUAUAGACAGUCUCUUUAGUUGGGAGCAUUUUAGUUUCAAGGGUUAGCUGAGGUUUUAGCCAAGUCUUGUGUUCCCUUUUAAGUUUAGAAACUUUUUCUGGCUGAGUUAGUCGACAAGUUUUGGAGUUGGUGCAAUCUGCAUAUCAUCAUUCCUCAUCCUGCUCAUAUAUUAUCCUUCAUCAUGAAAUCUUUUGGGUCUGUGCUUCAAUACAUAUUCUGAGAAUGUUACGUUCAAUGUGUUGUCUCA